GUCAUUUAUCAUCCUCAGCACUGAGGGAGGGAGAAACAUCUCAGGAACCCAGGAGGCCAUCAGAACUGACAACACCACACCUCCAGAGGAUGGCGUCCUCUGCACUGCUGCUGUUGCUGUUUCUCCAGUUUGGACUUGGACAAACUCAUAAGCAUCUUCAUGAGGAUCAUUAUAUUGGCCAGCAGCACAACCCUGAACACGACCUGAAUGUCCUGCUGGGAGAUGAGGACACGGAGGAGAUCAAGAAACUUAGCCCUGUAGAACAGAGGAAAAAGAUGAUGGAAAUUGUAAAGAAGAUCGACACAAACGCCAACAAUCUGCUGAGUGCAGAGGAGAUUACACUGUGGAUUCAGCACGUCUACAGAAAAUAUGCUCUGGAAGACGCAGAGGAGCGAUUCCCUGAGUUUGACACUGACAAAGAUGGUGCCGUUACAUGGGCGGAAUACAACACGGUUGCUCACGACCAGCUCAUCAGUUUUGACGACAGCACCGUGCUGGAGGAUCCAGAGCAAGAGUCUCUCAGACACCUCCACCUGAAGGAGAGACGGCGCUUUGACUUUGCCGAUGUGGACGGCAGACCCGGCCUUAAUGUAACUGAGUUUCUUGCCUUCACACACCCGUCUGAAGUGGAUCACAUGGCUGAUUUCGCCAUUGAAGAUGUGUUGAGUGAAUAUGACACAGAUAAAGAUGGAUUCAUCAAUCUAAGUGAAUUUAUUGGAGAUCUCCGUGGUGAUGAGGGUCCCCCUUCACAGUGGGAGAUUGAGGAAACUGUGCGGUUUAAAGACCUCUACGAUCAAGACAAGGACGGCAGGUUGAAUCGAGAGGAGCAGCUCCGUUGGGUUGCGCCUAACAGCUACGGUUCGGCAAGAGAAGAGGCUCUUCACCUCAUCAAGGAAAUGGACAGCGACGGAGACGGACAGAUCUCACAGGCGGAAGUUUUGAAAAAUCAAGAGACGUUCAUGAACAGUGAAGUGACAGACUAUGGCAGACAGCUGCAUGUAUCACAUGAUGAAUUAUAACUGCAGUUUCUAAGCUUGUUGUAGAGUUUUAUCAUUUGAUUCCACGUAGAUCUAGUUUUACGGUAACGUAAGUCAUGCGAUUCACUCUCUGGAGAGAGAUGUCCACAUCGGAGUGUGAUCAGCGUGCAGAAGCAAAUGACAUUGACAAAAUAACAGGAAACAUUUAUUGCAAAAUGCCCAGAGUGGUUUUCAGAACCUCAUAUACAUAGAGACUUCUCAAAAUAGUGUGUGUUGCAGAGAUGUUGUAUUACACAGGACAGCUGUGGUUCUCAAGAUUUUCAUGUCAUGACCCCCCAGUGUAAUCAGUCUGCUGAAAGUGUAUCUCUGCACUGUCGUCUGCUAUGAUUCUUUGCUUUACAUUUUUGACUUCUCACUGUAAGAGUAAAUUAGUCGUAAGGCACAUGAUGUGUAGUGUGAUAAACAAAUUUUUUCUCUUCAGCUGAGCGAUCAGGCAGCUGUUGUGUGGCCAGAACACAACAUCUGGCUGCUCACGGGGUCGUUCUUGAAAGUUUCUUUAAGUGCAUAAAGCCAGUUUCCCAAUUGUUAAGUUUGUUGAGUGAAGUAAAACAUUUUUGUCCAAGCUCUAACUCCUGUGCACACAGACUUUGACUCUCACAAACACACUCAGUAACAUCCAUUCUAAAGCAGAUCUUAUUACUGGUUAAGGCAAUUUGAUAUAAAAAUCAAUUCCCUGUCUAAAAUAUGCCAUUUCAUUUUGACGACCCCAGAAAUGAUUUUGCGACACCCAUGGCCGUCGAUACUUCAGAUUGAGAAUCACUGUCAUACAGUAAAACCACUUCUUUAAAUUCCACACAUUUUUAUGUUCAAACCAACACUUCUGUUAAUUAUCAUGAAAGAAACUGGAGUUUGUUUGCUGUGUAUUUGAAGAAGUGUCACCAUGGAUCAUUUUUCCUUGUCCCUUUGAACAAAGUGAAAUGACACGAGGAUCAGCCUGACACGUUUCAGCUCUUCCUCAUUUAAAUCAAAUGAGUUAGUAAGUGUGUGUGGCUGUUUUAAGGCUGGUUUCCUGAAUGUGUCAUGAUCUGUUUCAUUCUCAUGAGCCGCAGCCGCAGCAGCAGCAGCAGCAGCAGCAGCCUGUUUCCCUGCUGAGUUUAGUAAAGUGACUUAAAGUUGAGUGGAUUCUGAAGCAGGGACUGUUUUUACCCCACUGCCAAGAUGACUUUACAAUUUAAAGAUGCCUUCUGGGUGAGUUUGUGUCAUGCUAUGAAUACGCGCUCUUUUUGUUGUGUUUUUAAGUUGAUUGUGAGUUUUGACUGAGGUGUAAAAUGAGCUUUGUGUUCAGUAUGUUUGGUAAAGUUUUUUUAAGUUUUCAUUCUACUGUAUCUAUACCUUUUAUUUGGUCUGGACAGUUUUCACUUAAGAUGCUCCAGGUGGAUUAUAUGUAACAUCUGUAACUACCUUUUAUUUCAGUGAUGUGAGCAAAAACACUGCUUUUUAUCUUUGCAGUCAUUCUACAGUUUCAAAAACAGAAGCUAAGGAUUUCUUUGUCUAUGCAACUUUUUUUAAUUGCGUAUGAAGGUUUUCUAUUCAGAACCCAGCAACAUCCUGCCACAAUUUCCAUUGCAGAUGAGACACCAUAAAUAGUCUCAAUAAGUAACUUAUUAUAGCUAACAUGGUGGCAAAUGUUUGAUCUUUAUCAUCACUUCAGAUACAGAUCAGUACAGGCCAAUCUUUUCCUUUUAAUGUGUUUGUGAUGCACUGUUUCUGUACAUAAACCCUAUUAAAUUGUGUGUGACAGUGCAGCACACCAAAA